AUGGCUCCGCUGGAGCUAGAGCCGCGUCACAAGAACCCGCUACAACAGCACCGCAAGUCAAUUCGCGUGUCCGUGUGCGAGAAAGGCGGCAGUAGGGCUAUCUGCUCCAUGUCUCUCUCCGACACGGCGCUAGCAGAGAGCAAGCUGCUGGCGGACUCGCUGUCGGACCACUGGAACGACCUCGUCGCCACCUCCAUCAGCUCCACCAACGCCUCCCCCGCUCUCGCUCCCCUGCAUUCCUCCGCCUCUGCCAAGACAUCCGCGGCUUCUGGCUCAGUCGCCGGCAGCGUGUCAAGCGGCAGCGGCACGCCGGCCGAGGAGCCGCAUGUUCAGCUCAUGGUAGCCGCGGACCUGCAAUUCGACGACGGUAUCAACGCCUGCUUGCGAUACCUGGAGGCCGUGCCGUGGUCCACCGACGAGGAGGUUGAGGUAGUUAAUGUCCUCGCGCGCCUCGGCAUGGACCAAACCAAGGGCGGACUACGUGUUCUGGCGCGUCUCGGACCGACAAGCGCCGAAGCGGUCUAUAACGUUCUUAAGAAGCUCGUGUCUCAGGCCGUGGCGCGCGCGGACGCAGUGCCUCCAGCCGACCCGCAGUCCAAGGCCAUGUGGCGCGCCUCCGUGGAGAAGCUCUUCACGAGCGGCUCGCUGCGCGCCGAGGUGCGGAAGCGCGUGCUGUUCGAGCAGCUGGACGAGUUGAUAGACCGCGUUCAGGCGUGCGUGGUGGAGGAGGCGGCCGGGGGAGGCGGCGUGAUGCACUUCGUGGACAUGGCGGCCGAGUCGUCCAAGGAGCUCGCCGCCAAGUUCGCAGUUGAAAUGGACAACGUGGCGUGGCUCAUGGGAACCAUGGUGGACCGGUUAGGGUUUGCCGAGUACAUAAUCAAGUGGCUCAGCGAGGACCAAGGCUUCGUGCGACACGUCGAGUACUUCACCCAUAGAGAUAAUCGCGCGGAAGCCGCCAUGUACGAUCCCUUGCUCCCUAUUAUUCUGCGGCUACUAACCCUGAUGGUGGGCGGCCACGCCAUCAUUCCAACUAACACACGGGCGGCGCUCGUGAAGCUGUGGCUGCCCGUGCUGACCACCAUUCCCCGCCUUCCCGCUGUGUUCUCGCGCGAGCGGGGGCGGCUGCUGGGCGAGAUGCUGGGGCAGGUGAUUCUGACGCUGCCAUCGGCGCAGCAGGAGGAGGUGAUGGACCUCUGGCUCUCGCACUGCGGCGGGCGCUACAACGCCUGGCUCGACAUGGCUGCCUUCCUCGAACAGUGGCUUGAGCGAGCCGCGCGCAAGAUCAGGGACUGA